AUGAGGUUCCACGUCCCUAAAGCUAGUCUAUGCUGCCGGCGAUCGGCUCGCCCAGGCCCCCUGGCCAGGCCCCCUGCCCAGGCCCCCUGCCCAGGCCCCGCUGGCCAGGCCCCCUGCCCAGGCCCCCUGCCCAGGCCCCCUGGCCAGGCCCCCUGCCCAGGCCCCCUGCCAGGCCCCCUGCCCAGGCCCCCUGCCCAGGCCCCCUGCCCAGGCCCCGCUGGCCAGGCCCCCUGCCCGGCCCCCUGCCCAGGCCCCCUGCCCAAGCCCCCUGCCCAGGCCCCCUGCCCAGGCCCGCUGCCCGGUCAAUAUAGCACCCACUUCUCCACUUGUGUUCCGGUGCUGGUCCGCAGGAAUAAGAGUUCCUGCCGACUGAUGCGGAACGGGCGAGCUCAAUGA